CGUGGAACCUGGAUCGAGGAAGCAGAGGAGCACUGCUCGAUAUCGCGGUGUAAACGUGCGUAAGGAACUCAACAACUCCGGUAAAAUUCCUCUACCGUAACUUCUACAUCCUGCGGGUCGACAGGUGCCACUCCUAUAAACUCCACAAGGUCUAAAAUAUCCAACAAUUGCCCUAAAAGGACGAGAAUAUCCGCCCGAGCCGCCAUUUUUUUCUUGAGCGCAAUCAUUGGACGAGAUUCCUGUAAGCCCCGCCCACUGACUUUGAUGGCCGACUUUGACAGUUGGAGGCUACACGUACAGGAACCAGCGCAAGCUGACGGAGGACAUGGACUGGUCGUAUGACGGAACGUUGAACCAGGACAACUGGGCCAAGAAGUUUCCGUCAUGCAGCAGCGCCAAGCAGUCGCCCAUCAACGUGGAGGAGAACCUGGCCCAGGUCAAGCUGCAGUACCAGAAGCUGAGGCUGGAGGGCUGGGAGGACUUGACGGGGGAGCGGACCACCAUGCAGAAUGACGGCAAGACCGUGGCAGUGCACCUGGACGGAGACUUCUACGUCAGCGGGGGGGGCCUCAGGUCAAAGUUCAAGGCGGGGCGCAUCACCUUCCACUGGGGGAGCUGUAACGCCUCCUCCGACGGCUCCGAGCACAGCUUGGAUGGCGUCAAGUACCCCCUGGAGAUGCAGGUGUACUGCUACGAGCCGCUCCGCUUCGAUUCCUUGGAGCAAAGCAUGAAGGCCGGAGGCCGAGUCACGGCCCUCGCCGUGCUCUUUGAGGUGACCUCGGAGGACAACGUCCACUUUGAAGCCAUCAUCGACACCAUCAACAGAGUGAGCAGAUACGAGGAUUUAGCCAAGGUCGCGCCCUUUGCGCCGCGAGGUCUGCUGCCCAACUCCACGGACAAGUAUUUCAUCUACAACGGCUCGCUGACCACGCCGCCUUGCAGCGAGACUGUGGAGUGGGUGGUCUUCAAGAACACCGUGGCCAUCUCCGCCGACCAGUUGAAAACAUUCUGCGAGGUGAUGACCAUGAAGCAGUCGGGCUACGCCAUGUUGAUGGACUACCUGCAGGACAACUACAGGGAGCAGCAGCCCGUCUUCCUGGGUCAAGUCUUCUCCUCCUACACCGGAAUAGAGGAGGUCCACACGCCAGUGUGCAGCUCGGAGCCGGAGAACAUCCAGGCCAUGGUCUACAACCUCAGCAGUCUGCUGGUAACUUGGGAGCGCCCGCGGGCCGUGUAUGACGGCGCCAUCGACAAAUACUCGGUCAGCUACAAGAUGGCCGACGCGGUGGGAGACGCCCCCUCGGAGUACCUGACCGACGGAGACCAGGACGUGGGGGCGAUACUGGACGACGUAACCGCCAACUCCACCUACGCGGUCCAGGUGGUGGCGGUGUGCGCCAACGGCCUCCGCGGACGCGCGAGCAACAUCCUCACGGUCGCUAUGGCCGUCGACGACCCCGCAAAUAGUCUCCUCCCACCUUCCAAUGAGUUUGAGGACGAGGACAUCUACCAACCGCACCUCUCCUGGGAUGACGCCGUAAAAACGGAAGACCCGCCGUGGAUUCCGACAAAGCCCCCAAGGACCUCCACAUUACCUCGCCUCCUCCAACCUGUCGCCAUAGCCACCACAUCAGGGUCUGUUGUGUCAGCCACAUCCCUUAGUUCUGGUCGGACCAGUGAACGCAGUACCUCCAUCGUGCCACCAGAGACCGCCACAUCACCACAGGUCCAAGGGUCCAAAGACUCCACCCCUUCUUUUGACAUCACAACCAAGCCGGUGCUUACUUCUGCCACUCUUUUGCACGCAAAGGCCAGCGACACCCUCGGCGGCGUUAGUAUGACCAUGAGCACAGUAACGACUUUAGGCGGUCAAGGUGCGCCCUCAAACGGCACCGUCUUUAACGUGAGCGGCACGGCAUCGUCCGUCCAUUUCGGGACAGAUGAAGGUCCGGCAACGCCCGAAAGGGACGAUUGGACCACCGAGGCAAGCGGACUGGAAGACGUCAUGGGGGUCCAGAGAGCGCCGUCUUCCUCGUCGACCCCGGGUGUGUCCCGCACCACACCCACAGAGACAUCCAUGCGGCAGAACGGUGUUCUCUCGCAGACCGUGACAACGCUCUCGAACGGACUGGAAGACGUCUUGGGAGUCCAGAGAGCGCCGUCUUCCUCGUCGACCCCGGGUGUGUCUCGCGCCACACCCACAGAGACAUCCAUGCGGCAGAACAGUGUUCUCUCGCAGACCGUGACAACGCUCUCGAACGGACUGGAAGACGUCUUGGGAGUCCAGAGAGCGCCGUCUUCCUCGUCGACCCCGGGUGUGUCUCGUGCCACACCCACAGAGACAUCCAUGUGGCGGAACGGUGUUCUCUCGCAGACCGUGGCAACGCUCUCAAACGGACUGGAAGACGUCCUGGGGGUCCAGAGAGCUCCGUCUUCCUCGGCGACCCCAGGUGUGCCUCUUACCACACCCACAAAGACUUCCAUGUGGCGGAACGGUGUUCUCUCGCAGACCGUGGCAACGCUCUCUAACGCCACAACACCUGAGUCCUCGUUCUCACUGUCUGAUGAGACCUCCGUCCUCCCUUCCUCCCCCACAACCUCCGUCCCUGCAGUUGCCACCCCUGAAUGGCCACUGGACACCAGUAGCGGUGUCUCGGGUUCAGCGCUCUCCCCUGACCGGCAGGACGGCACGGAUCAGGAGUGGGACAGGGUCCAGUUCUCGGGCUCGGGGGAGAGCACGCGCCCUCAUUCCACCGACGCCACUAACACCGCUUCCUCCACCGACGCCACUAACACCGCUCCUUCAUCCGGCAGCUCGCAAUCCGGACAGACCCCAGAGGAUCUGGAAGACCGGUCCUCUGCGUUCUAUUUCGAUAGCGAGAGCGGCAGCGGCAACGCCACUGGAUCAGAGCGAGCAGGCCAGGUCGUGACGCCAAGCGUUCCAGCGCCGACCUCGACUCCACCGCCGACCUCGACUCCGCCGCCGACCUCGACUCCGCCACCGACCUCGACUCCGCCGCCGCCGACCCCCACUCCGCCCUGGUCGCUGGGCGGAGACGAGGAGAGCGGCUCGGGCCACGGCGAGAGUCUUUACGACAACGAGACCUCCUCGGACUUCAGCAUCUCCGAGCGCACGGGACGCGAGUCGGAGAAAGAGGAGGAGCCAGUCGCAGACGUCAGCAACAGCAGCCACGAGUCUCGAGUGGCAUCCAUCAGGGAGGGCGAGAGGAAGGCCGCGGUUCCCCUGGCCGUCAUCUCCACCCUCACUGGCCUCGGCCUGGUGGUCCUCAUCGGCAUCCUGGUGUACUGGAGGGUGUGCUUCCAGACCGCUCACUUCUACGUGCAAGAAAGCUCCUCCCCACGAGUCCUCGCCACACCUGCUUUGACGUCAGACGAAGGCGAGGCGCUUCCUGUCCAAGAUUUUGUCCGACGCGUCGCCGAUCUCCACCAAACAUGCGGCUUCCCACGCAAGUUUGAACUACUGAAGGAGAGCUACGAGGAAGUGUGCGCGGCCAACGCGGCCAUGACCUCGGACAUCUCCAACCAUCCCGACAACAAGACGAAGAAUCGUUACAGCAACAUCCUGGCCUACGACCACAGUCGAGUGCGACUCCGCAGCAAGGACGGACGCAGCCGAGACUACAUCAACGCCAACUUUGUGGACGGCUUCAAGACCAGGCACUCGUACAUCGCAGCCCAGGGUCCCCUCAAGUCCAGCACCGACGACUUCUGGCGGAUGAUUUGGGAACAGAACGUGGGCGUCAUCGUCAUGAUCACCAACCUGGUGGAGAAAGGCCGGAGGAAGUGCGACCAGUACUGGUCGGCGGACGUGCACCAGGACUACGGCGGCAUCCUGGUGACGCUGAAAAGCACCCGCCAGCUCGCCAACUACACCCGCCGCACCUUCGCCGUGGCCAACGCGCAGGUCAAAAAGGGUUCUCAGAAGGGGCGGGGCUCGGAGCGGACGGUCACGCAGUACCACUACACCCGCUGGCCCGACAUGGGUGUGGCCGAGCACGCGCUGCCGCUGCUGACCUUCGUGCGCAAGUCGUCCCGGGCCAGGACGGCCGACAUGGGCCCGGUGGUGGUGCACUGCAGCGCGGGUGUGGGCCGCACAGGCACGUACAUGGUGCUGGACAGCAUGCUGAAGCAGGUGCGGGACGAGGGCGCCGUCAACGUGGACGGCUACCUCAAGCACAUCCGCACCCAGAGGAACUACCUGGUCCAGACCCAGGAGCAGUACGUUUUUAUCCACGACGCCCUGGUGGAGGCCAUCAACUGCGGGGAGUCGGAGGUGGCGGCGUCUCACCUGCACAGGUACGUGGACCAGCUUCUGACCCCGGGGCAGGACGGGAGGACGCCGCUGGACCGACAGCUGAAGCUGCUGAGUGGCGCCAACUCCAAGACCAGCGACGAAGACGACGACGCGCUCGCUCUUCAGGAAAGCAACCGACACAAGAACAGAAGCGGCUCGCUGCUCCCGGUUGAGAGCUCCCGUGUGCGUCUGUCUACGUGCGCGGGCGACACGUCAGACUACAUCAACGCAUCCUACGUGACAGGGUACAAGCACAGCAAGGAGUUCAUCAUUACCCAAAAUCCUUUGCCACACACCCUCAAGGACUUCUGGAGGAUGAUUUGGGACCACGGCACACAUGUCAUCGUGUCACUGCCGGGACCACAACCCACUGAGGAGGAGGCGGCGGCCAUCUUUGGUCCGGGCCAAGGACAGCGCUUGGCGUACGAGGCGUUCACUGUCUCCCACGUGUCGGAGAAUCUGGUGUGCUUGUCCAACGAGGACCUGCUGCUGGUCCAGGACUUUGCGCUGCAGGCCACGCAGGGCGACUACAUCCUGGAGGUGAGCGUCUACCGCGCCCCCUGCUGGCCACGCCCAGACAGUCCCAUCAGCAGCACCUGGGAGCUGCUGCACCUGCUCAAGGACACCAUCUGGGCCCAGGAAGUACCCACCGUGGUCCAGGACUGUGUGGGCGGAGUCACGGCAGGAACCUUCUGCGCUCUUUUGACCUUGAUGCGACAAGUGGACACUGAAGGUUCUGUGGACGUCUUCCAGGUGGCGAAGAUCACCAACCUAGCCAGACCCGGAACCUUCUCUGACCUCGAGCGCGUGCAGUUUGUCUACACGGCGCUGCUGAGCCUGCUGAGCACGCGGGAGGACGGCGCCGACGAGAGGGGCGUGGUCGCGCUGGCGAGGAACGCGGCGGCCGAGAGCCUGGAGUCUCUGGUGUGAUCGUCACGGCAACAAGAACCACUUUUUUUUUUAAAAGGACAGACUUUGCAAUGUUGGACUUUUUGGUCCUCAUGUGCCUUUUUUUUUCUUUCCUUCUUUCUACUGAACUUACUAACACGUCUGCUAAGAACUUUUUACUGGCAGCAACUUUCAUCUGUAAAUAAUCUCCUCUGGACCAAAUCUAUUUAUACUUUUAUUCUGACAUCUUUAUACUUCCCCUGUAGGCUUUUAUUCUGACAGCCAUUAAAGGACGUGUUG